AUGGCUCCUGGAGCGGCCGAUACCGCCUCAAUCAUCACUGGAACGACUCUUACGGGCUCAAUUCGUCAAAAAGGACCUAUCUUCACCUUGGAGACAUUCUCGGACAAAGACUUCAUAGUAAAGGACUUCAUUGAAGCGCUGUCUGAUGCUGCUGUACCAGCCUCUAGACGCUCCGGCCCGGGCGUCGCACAACAGGCAUUCGACCCUAAGCCUCUGAUUCGAACAUUCGAGCAUGCACUAUCGCGACUAGGAGGUCUCUCAGAGGACUUGGAAGAAAAAGAGAACGAGCUUUCGGGGUCUGUUCGAAGAGCAGAAGCUGAGCAUGGUCGUAUUGUACAGACGCUUGGAUCGAAAUUGGACAUGGCUGUGGAGAACUUCAAUACAUUGGACAGCUCGCUUAAUGGAAACGUGGACGAUGCUGGGGGUAAUGCUGCCCUGAGGAUAGGAGAACAGCUUGAGGAGCUGAACAGACAGAGCCAAAGGGCGCAAGACGCUGCAGAACUGAUACACUGUUGGGUUGAUGUCUCUGAAAAGGGACAUCUAAAUAGGUUAGAGGACAAGAAGGGGAAGGGAGAAGGAUCAGUACAAGCUGCAAACAUGGCGAGACAGCUGUUACGCAUAAGUCAUCGCCUUGACGGGGAUCCUGCGUCACAAUUCAAUGGCACAGGUGUGAAUGGCUCUCUGCUACGCAGUGGAGCUCAAGCGAAGAAUCGGACGAGAGAAAUCAUCGAGAAAUUCUUAGAAUCACUUGAGACAGAUCUUCUGAAGCAAUUUGAUGGCUUCUAUCGACGGCAAGAUUUUGAGCGGAUGAAGGAAUGUGCCAUUGCCUUGAGAGACUUUAGCGACGGGUCCAGUGUGAAGGCACUCUUCGUCAAUCAGCAUCAGUUCUUCAUUGAUAGAAGUCAAUUGAUUACUGAGGAGAUUGCUGGGGAUGAUGAAGCGUGGGCAAGCCUAGCGGAUCCGGACACAGAGCCUCCUGGCGUGGAUCCGAGCUUGCAAACACUGAUUGACGAAGUGAGAAUUGUGGUCCAAGAAGAGUCCUUUAUCAUCAAACGCGCUUUUCCAUUCUACGAUGAAGUUUUGAUCAGGUUCUUACAGAGAGUGUUUCAACAAUCGAUCCAACAAAGACUUGAAUUGGUUCUUGAAAAGGCCGACUCGGUAUCAUCGUUAGCAUUCCUGCGGUCGCUACAGUCAGCCAGGUCAUACGCUCAGGGCCUAGUAGACGACUUAAAGGCACAUGGUUUGACGGAGCACCCCGAGCCAGCCACGUCUCAAAUUGCUGCGACUCUUGACCAACAGCUCGAAGACCUCUUUGUUCCUCCAUUUGUAGGUACGACUUACAUAGAGCGGGAGAAGAAGAAUCUGGACGAAUUAUAUUCGUCUUUGCUCUUCAAGUUUACAGUAUACCAUUCCAAAAGACGAAAGGCACCGACGACAAUGUUCUCGUCUUUUAGUCAGCGUGGCAAAGAACUAUUGUCAUCAGCCCGAGACGCAUACAUGGAACGACUGGACUCUGCUGAGAUACCAUCAUCGCAAAAGGCCAUGCUCUUACGUAUAGCAGGUGUGAAAGAGGCAGAGACCGAGAAGAAGGAAAUUGAUGUCACAGAGGAAGAUGGGGCAUUAAGCAUACCAAACGCCAAACGGAUGUUGAAGUGGCUAGCGGAAGGUGUUGGUAGAGGGCUGGAGCUCACUCAUGGCGGACCCGAGACACCGAAAGAUGUGCAAGCACUACUGAAUCUGCUAUUGGUCCAUAUGGGCGAUAUUUAUCUUGACACAGCACUCGAUGCCGCCGCCGAACAAGCACUAGCCCAAGAAACCAGCAAGUCUCUCCCAGACUACUCCUAUUUCAACACCCUUCGCUCGGCCAUCGGCGUCCUUCACCUGCUAUCCACUUCCGUUCAGACCGUUCUCCUCCCACUCGCCUCCUCGUCUACCAUGAUCCGCCGCGAUAUCGAGAAAAACACGCUCAACACCACCACGACACUCGAGUCGAAAAUAAGCACGAUUCUUCACCGGACCAUUGAUUCCGCGCUCAACUAUAUCACCAAACUCUUAGCCCAACAAAAAAAGAACGACUUCCGUCCCAAAGACGACGACGCCGUCGCGGUUGCCCUUAGCAGUGAAACCACUACCUGCCAAGCAAUCACUACCUUCCUCAGCAAGACGAGCCUGCUUGCUACCUCCGCCCUCAGCGGUCGCAAUCUGUCUGUCUUCCUCACUGAGCUUGUCAUCGGCGUGCGCUCGCUGCUUCUGGAACAUUUCCGAAGAUUCACAAUCAGUCUCACAGGAGGUCUGGUACUCAGUAGGGACGUGACGAAAUAUGUAGAUACAGUACGAGAUUGGCCGUUAGGUGACGAGCUACCCCCGGGAGCGGAAGCGAUGCAUGUGCUCGUGGAUGUGGCGAAUCUGUUUGUGAUCAAUCCAGAUGCGUUGAGAGAGAGGCUGAGGAGCGUCAAAGGCGAUGAGCGGGGUGAAUUGAGGGGUUAUAUCAGUAAGAGAGAGGACGCCGGGAGUGUAGGUGUACAGGCGGUUUUGAGUGCGCUGUAA